CAAGAAACAAAAAAAAAUGAUGAUGAUGACAUACCAAUAAUUGAUCAUGUAUAUGAUUUGAAAGAUGAAGAAUCUGUAAAAACAGUCUUUGAAAAACUUAUUAAAAAUGCUUACAAUAUAGGUGAUAAAAAUAAAAACUCAUGUCAAAAAUAUAUCAGAAAUUCUGUUCGAACAAGACAACGGAAAUUACAAAAAAAUUGA